AUGAAGUCACAAGUCAAGAUCCUCGCUUCGAUAGCUGUACUUGUAGCAAGCGCCACAGCUAAAUCAGACUUCGCCCCGCUACCACCAACGCAGGAUCCAUGGUACACUGCUCCGCGCGACUACGAAUCAACGCAACCCGGCUCGAUCCUCCGUUUACGCGUAGCACCUGGAAACCUCACCGCAGUCUUCAAUGCCAGCUCGGCGGCCUACAACAUUCUCUUCCGGACGACAAACAGCCUCUACCAACCCUCCUGGGCCGUAACCACGCUCCUCAUCCCCAGCCAUGUCAACGCCGCCGCAAACACUAGUGCGGGCGCCCUUCUCUCCUAUCAGAUCCCAUACAACAGCCCAAAUGUCGACGCCUCACCAAGCUACGUCCUCUCCUCACCGGACUGGGGCGGCUCCGAACCCUUGAACACCGACAUCCAGUCCGCUCUCCGAGCAGGCUGGUACGUCAACAUCCCCGACUUCGAGUCCCAUACCGCUUCCUUUUCGAACGGCGUGACAGAAGGCAACACCGUUUUAGACUCCAUCCGUGCUGUUCUAAACCCUGGCUUCGGUCUCGAUUCUAGUACCACUCGGACUGCAUUAUGGGGCUACUCCGGCGGGAGUCUAGCAAGCGAAUGGGCGGCUGAACUCCAACGCUCUUAUGCUCCUGACCUUACCAUCGCGGGAGCAGCACUCGGAGGCCUCGUAAGCAACGGUACGAGCGUCCUAGCGCACGCCUCGGAACAAUGGUGGAGUGGGCUCCUCCCUGGUUUCUUACUAGGUCUCACGGCCGAGUAUCCCACCGCACGUUCUUACCUUCUCUCCCAGCUCAAGCAGUCAGGACAGUACAACGCGACUAAAUUCCUCUCAGUCAUGAACGGCACGGUAGAGGAUGCCUUUGUCACCUUCGCCAAUCAGCCAAUCUUCUCCUACUUUGUCGAUGGCUCCGUUAGUCUCGACGAUCCCUUGAUCACGGAUUUGGUAAACAAUAAUGGGCAAAUGGGAUACCAUGGGAUCCCGCAGAUGCCAUUGUACAUCUACAAAGCUGUUCGGGACGAGAUCACUCCGAUCACGGAUACGGAUGAUUUAGUGAAGAGAUACUGCGAGGUUGGAGUCAACACAUUGUACGAAAGAAACACUAAUGCUGGACAUUUGGCCGAGGAGACGAAUGGCGAUGCUUCUGCUUUUGCUUGGUUGAACGAAGUGCUUGGAGGGACGUACAGCCAUAGUGGCUGCACUAUCAGGGACGUUUUUCUGAACGUCACGAAUUCGCCACAGUAG